UGCGCCAGAUGAGGGCUUUACUGCGCAUGCGUUAGAAAUGUUAACCGCUGUCGUUAGCUCGCUAUCUCCGGUAACGGAAGCUUCUGCGUCUUUCUGUCUUUCUAAUUCCACUUUAAUUCAACUGUGAGCGGCUAACAGCGGCUAACGGCGGCUAACAGCGGCUAACGGCGGCUAACGGCGGCUAACCUGUUGUUAGCUUGUUGUUAGCUUGUUGUUAGCCUGUGAUGGGGCUCAUUUAGCUACAGUUCGGCUACAAGCUAAGCUAACAGCUGUCGGCUCUCAGGAUGAUAACCUUCGUGCUGAUGGUGAACCGGCAGGGUCAGACCAGACUGUCGCGAUAUUACCAACCGGUGGAGCUGAGCCGGAGAGCGGCGCUGGAGGCCGACGUGGUCCGCUGCUGCCUGAGCCGCAAGAAGGACCAGUGUUCCUUUGUGGAGUACAAAGACUUCAAACUGAUCUACCGUCAGUACGCCGCGCUGUACAUCGUCGUUGGAGUCACAGACAGCGAGAACGAACUCUCCGUCUACGAGCUGGUUCAUAACUUCGUGGAGGUUUUGGAUAAAUACUUCAGCCGGGUGAGCGAGCUCGACAUCAUGUUCAACCUGGACCGCGUCCACAUCCUCCUGGACGAGAUGAUCCAGAACGGACACAUCGUGGAGACCAACAAGAGCCGCGUCCUGGCGCCGCUCACCGCCCUCGACAAGAUGGCCGACAGCUGAGACUCAAACACAGGAAGUGAUGUCACGGAUCGUCAGACGUCUGAACUCUGGUUAGCAUGUUAGCAUGCUAGUUAGCAGUGUAUAGUGAGCAUGAACUCGACAAUCAGCUGAUUAAAGAUUCACCCAGAAACUAA